AUGAAAACGCUGUCUCUCCGCCGCCUUAGCAGCCAUGGCACCCGACUCCUGAAGAGAGCCCUCUCGCCGGAGCCGCGUAACUACGACGAUGACGACUCCAAGAACCUCUCUCUUUUUGGGCGGCUAGAUCCGUCAGCUGAGGUUCCUGUUGAGGUUACGUCCGAAUUGAAGGUGCUGCAUGACCCGGUUCUCGGGUCAGCUCCGACCGUGGACAUUAUUGCUGUUCAUGGAUUAGGGGAUGGGUUCGAGACGUGGGAAUCUGCGCAGGACGGUUCAUGCUGGUUGACGAGCCUUGUGCAUCGUGACAUCCCCACAGCGAGGAUCUUGACUUUUAGACACAGCCCGGAUUUACUUACGCCUAAUAUUUCGUCAGUGAGGGAUUCUGUUCAUGAACGGGCCGACCGUCUCCUCGAUUCACUAAGGAAGCUGUACGCGGGUGGUAAUAGCGACGGCGACGACGGCGCACAGAGGAACCUUACGCCUCCGCCCAUCAUCUUCAUCUCUCACAGUCUCGGCGGCCUCAUUGUCCAGCGCGCCCUCAUUAUCGCGGAGGAGAGUCGGGAUGCGGAUGCUCGACAGGUCUUUCUUGCCACGCGCGGUUUGGUGUACUUUGGCGUCCCGGCUCCCGCCCAGUUGCGAAGGGUUUUGGGCGAUGUCUCACGGUUGUUGCAAGCGAGAAGUGGAGCGGGCAGGAGAGGGAGGGGAAGAGAUGAGAAGAGCUGGGGGACUGAUGCGGCGCUGUUGGAGGAGGGGUUGAAGGGACUCGAUGCUGUUGUGGAUAGGCUGCAUCCCGUGUCGGUGUGUUUCUGCGAGGCGCUGCCGACGGCCGGGCUGAAGGGUCAAUUGGUUGUCGACAUUGGGUCCACGACGCCAGCCGCGGAAAGGGUGUUGCUGCAACGCUCGCAUGUCGACUUGAUGAGAUUCAACGGAAAACAGGACGAAGGCUACACCGCCCUCAAAGAAUGGGUCGACCUCAUUCUGUCCGGUGUAGUUUCUCUGCCUUCAUGGCUGGCACCAGAGUAUAUCGCCGGCAUCGCCGACCGUAAGACUAACGCCUCAGCUGCUAGUAGUCUUUUGACGCUGACAGAACCUCUCCAAGUCUACGACCAAGCUUCGUUCUUGAGAACGGACUUUGACAUCCGACCCGAGUAUCCAUCUCCAUCCCCAUACCAUGUCAGACACCACCUCCUCGAAGACUUGACGACGCAGUUUACCAAGCUGUCGGCGUGCCACAGCGUAGCCUGCGUGGCGCUCACGGGUUACCGCGACGUCGGGAAGACGUUUCUCGCUCGGCACUUUGCGCGCAUCACUAGCAAGGCGAGCGAUCGCCCCGUCUUCUGGCUUAACGCCUCUAGCCGCGAGACACUAAGCGUCAGCUACCUCGAGCUGGGCCGCACCAUCUUCGAGUACUACUGGGCCAAGUACCAUUCCUCCGAUACACUCCUCCAACCGGGAGACGGCGGGCCCUCCGACGACACCCCCCGCGCGCGUCUACGCGCCACGCUUGGAUUUUCCGAUAUCGACUCGCUUCUUGAAGGCAGGGAUUUUAACCAGCUAGACCAGGUCGCCGUGAAUUCGUCCAUCAAGGCCGUUAUUAACUGGCUUUUGCGGGAGGGGAAUGAUCAGUGGCUGCUGGUGUUGGACAACGUCAGCGACGUAGCGGAUCUGGUAGAGUUUCUCCCGCUGACGCUGAACGGAUGGAUUCUCUUGGUGUCGCAGAAAAAGGACUUUGAUAUUGGAGUGUUGGGGAUGGGGCGAUUGGAGGUUCCGAUUUGGUCUGAAGAAGAGGCUUAUGAGCUGCUUUUGGCUGAAGCUGGAAGAACCCAUCAUCCGUGUGAAGAACAAGCUGGCUUGGAUAUUGUCCAUAGCCUCAACUUCAGACCUUCUCUGAUCUGCCAUACCGCGGCAUCCAUCAGGGAAAAGAGCCUCUCGUUCCACAACUACUACACCACAACCGAUGCCCUCGCGACCUCUGCGCUUGUUGACCUCGAGGAACAUCCUCGACGGGACCAGCUGGCGGACGUCCUCGGAGUGGCCUCUCUUCUCUCAGACACGCCUAUCCCUCUCGAUCUCUUAAUCUCCAUCGAAAACGCCAUCGGCGCGAGAUUAUCUACAGAUGUGACGAGCGCCUGGUGGGUUAGCAAGUCUAGUGUGUCUCCCUUUGGCAUUCCCCCUUCGUUUCUCGCAAAACUUCCUCAGAUCUGUCCCACUAAAACCAAACUCUCUCCCGCUCACAAAGCCCCCCAAGCCCGUCGACCUCGUCUCACCGAAACACUCAAACAACUCAACCUCCUCACCCAACUAUCAUCCCCCCCUCAUCACUUCGUCCUCCCCCCGACCAUCCGUGCACACUUCCUUCAGACUCCACGUCCCCGGCACGCCUGGCUUGCCCUCUCGGCCCUUGCAUCGGCCAUCCAACGCCAAACCCUUUUCGACUCCCCGACCCUCUCCGAGAUCCACGCAUCCUCCCGUCUUCUCCUCCCCCACGCCCGCGCCCUCUACCCCCUAGCCCUCCAGCUCUUUCCCACCACCUCUACCACACCCCCGUCCUCCCCCUCCCCCUUCAAACCCGAGAAGCGUGACCCCCAACGCAUAGAUUGGCAUCUCAUCGGCCACCUCGCCGCGUCCCAGGGUGACGCAUCCCUCGCCAUAAACUGGCACGAAUUUACCCUCCGCCGCAACACCGCCAUCCGGUCCUCCUCAUCCUCAUCCCUCGACCCCGUCCAAGACCUCGAAACCAUCAUCUCCCUAUCCCAACUCUGCAAACAAAGCGGCGACAUCCCCCGCUACAACGAACUCAUCCAAUCCAUCCACCUAACAAACGACAUCCUCGCCACGAACCCGGACCUCUUCUUCCGCACCCGCCUCGCCCGCGCCACCCACCUAGCCGAAAACAACCUCCUCGGCCACGCCGCCCUCGAACUAGACGACCUCUCCCGCAUCUACCCGGCCGACGACGCCCCCUCCUCCGCGUCUAAACUCACCCGCUCCCGACACAUUCUAGCCCUACACAGCCUCUCCGUCAUCCUUAAACUAGCCGGCCGAACAGACGAAGCCUCCGCCAUCUACGCGCGCCUCCACCCCCUCUACGCAGCGCACCUGCCAUCCCCUUCACACCCGACCGUCCUCGACACGCUAGAAGAGCACGCGCACGCCCUGCAGGAGGGAAGCGCGCUGCACAUCCUCGACGCGCAGAAAAUCCUCCAGCGAACGCUACGCGUCAAAACUACCUCUUUGGGACCCUCCCACCCUUCCGUCCUCCUGGCGCAAACGCACCUCGCGGGCCUGUACGAGUCGAUACUAGAUUAUGCUUCCUCCGAGGACUUGUACGAACGGGCUCUUCCGAGGAUGGAGGAUGUGUUGGGGGAGCACCACGUUGCGUAUUUAGCUGCGAAGGAGAACCUUGCGCUGAGCUACUGGUCGAGGGCGCAAGGGGACGAGAAAAAGAGCGGAGAGAAGGAGGAGGGGGAGAUGAAGGAGUGGGCUGUGGGGUUGUUGAGGGAUGUUCUUAGGGGGAGGGAGGAGAUUGGGAUGGUAGGUGAGGCAGAGGGGACGAGGGAAAGGUUGGGGGAUAUGCUUGGGGGUGGGGAGUGA